GUUAUCCACCAAUCACAUUGUGCAAAGCGUCCUAAGGUUGACGUCAGCCCCGGUACCGAUGAACAACCGGUAGCUUUGAGAAUCUCUGCCCUUUGUGACUUUGUCUGAAAAUAAACCUCUCUGUAGACAGUGAGAACAUCAUGCCUUUCGAUGUCCGGAGGUUCGAUAUCUACCGGAAAGUGCCCAAAGAUCUCACCCAGCCCACAUACACAGGCGCUUUCAUUUCCAUCCUGUGCUGCGUCGUCAUACUCUUCCUCUUCCUCUCGGAGCUGACGGGAUUCAUAGCCACUGAAAUUGUAAAUGAACUGUAUGUGGAUGAUCCCGAUAAAGACAGUGGUGGGAAGAUUGAAGUGAGUUUAAACAUCAGUUUGCCAAACUUACACUGUGAUUUGGUGGGUUUGGACAUCCAAGAUGAGAUGGGGCGCCAUGAGGUCGGCCACAUUGACAAUUCGAUGAAGGUUGCCCUCAACCACGGAGACGGUUGCCGCUUCGAAGGGGAAUUCACCAUCAACAAAGUGCCAGGAAACUUCCACGUGUCCACACACAGUGCCACAGCCCAGCCCCAAAGUCCUGACAUGACUCACUCAAUCCACAAGCUGGCAUUUGGAGAGAAGCUUCAGGUGCAAAAAGUCCAAGGCGCCUUCAAUGCUUUAGGAGGAGCGGACAAGCUGGCAUCGAAUCCUCUGGCUUCACAUGACUACAUUCUGAAGAUCGUGCCAACAGUUUAUGAAGAUCUAUCAGGCAAACAGAGGUUCUCCUACCAGUACACGGUGGCCAACAAGGAGUACGUUGCAUACAGCCACACGGGCAGGAUCAUACCGGCCAUCUGGUUCCGAUAUGACCUCAGUCCAAUCACAGUCAAGUACACAGAGAGGAGGCAACCCAUCUACCGCUUCAUCACCAGUAUCUGUGCCAUUGUUGGAGGGACUUUUACAGUGGCGGGCAUUAUUGAUUCUUGCAUAUUCACUGCAUCGGAAGCCUGGAAGAAGAUCCAGAUUGGAAAAAUUUCCUAGGACUAAACCUAACACCACCUCCACCAUGACCUUGACCCUUAUCCACCUAUGUUAUUAUUUAUAAGUGCAAAGUAGCCUGUUAGCUAAAUCCAACCCUGCUUUCUUGUAGAGACAUUCUCAUGGUGCCCAAAGCACAGGAUCUAACUUUCAGGCUACCGGCUCUCUUCACAGUUAGCGACGUAGCCCACAGGCUCAGUGUGCUCUAGUGACGUGUGAAUGCUGAGUAUCACGAGUCCACCUCCUCCGGCCAACUCUAGAGUGAGUCGGGAGCCAGCCAUUCCGUUUUUUUUUUAUUUUUAUUAUUACCUUGGAACUAUCUUUUUUAAUCAAGCCGAUCUCAUUGGUAAAAAAAAAUGUGGCGUGUGCUCUUAGAGUCGCCACAAGCAUCUUCAUGUUUAGUGAUUGUCACAAGAAGCAGUGCGGUGUUCUGCAAUCCACAAAUUGAAAGAAACAUUCUAUAUUCACCUCGAUGUUAGUAGAUAUGGGCAAACAAAAAAAUUCUAUUGGCUCGGGCAAUAGCCUGACUGAUGAACCUCCUCCCUUUUCUUUACCAUGGUGACAAAGCACUACUUUUACAUUAGACAUGGGUUUGGCUGAGCACAAAAAAACUGUUUUUCAAAAUUUCCAGCAAAUAAUGGAGAAUAGGUAAACCCCGCCCCCAAAUUCUGUGGAUCUGUGAAUUUCACAAAUGGAAUGUGGGGGGAUGCUGUAUAUCUCAGUAAAUGUGUAUUCAAUCCGCCCACACAUGCACACACUCCUGCCAUAGUUUCACUUUACAGACAGUUUUUUUGUUCCACGAGGAUAUGGUAAACCUUCACAUCAACACAGAAGCAGUUGCGCUUCAACUAUUUUAGGUCAUGUGAGAAUUUUGACACUCUGCAGUCAAUUCUGCGUGGCUACAAUGUUCAUUUGUAGGUUUCAAGUUUUGUUCUGCUGGUAAAAGGUCACCCAUUUCCCGAUUUGUAUUUAAUUCUCAUGUUUGGUAAAGAUGCCAACGAAGUUACUGUCUUACACCCAUUGACUGAUCUGAUAUUUAUUUUGAACAUUUUUGUAAACUGUCUUCUUUGAGAGAACUGAAUUCAUGGUCCAAUUCACAAUGUAGUACUUUUAUAGUCUGGAACACAGACAAGAUGUUUCAUUUCAUAAUAAAAGCUUGUUCGCUGAA